CCCCAACGUGCCACAACGCUGGGCAUCCAUUUUCAAACAUGACCCCAUGGAAGCCUUAUGACACCAGAAACAGUGCAAUCUAAGUGCCGAGCCCCGUUCAUUCCACCAACCACCUACGACUCCGGAAGAUUUCCCCACAAAGCUUGUUCGAGGGCGUUCGAAGAUCCAGUGUGGAGGCUUUUGAAUACACUAGUGCCAAGCCCAUUGUUUCGAGCAGUGACAGCAAUGACAGGCGCAAAAUUACAAUGCUGGACGGAUAAUCCUUAAUUCUAUGUGUCGUUGACGAGGGUGACACGCGAGACAUAUCCUCCGGCUGCUAAGUAUAUGAAGGCAUCAUCAGUUUGAUGAUUCGCUCUUCUUCACUCGCUUCGUCUCGUUCUGCUUUAUACUUUCUGCGUAACAACUUCAGCAUGUGGUCUGUUCUUACCUUCGUCACCCUGCUCGCCACUGCCCUGGCUGCACCGCUUGAAAAGCGUGCAAGCCGCACUUCUCCACCGUCAGGCUGCCUGUCUGUGGGCAGCGGAUACACCUACUCGACCAUCCAAGCCGCCGUGAAUGCUCUCUCGCAGUCCUCGACUUCAUCCCAGUGCAUCUGGAUCAAUCAGGGGACCUACAAGGAGCAGGUCUCUAUCAAUACCCUGAAAGGACCCCUAGUUCUCUAUGGUUACACAAGCGACACUUCUAGCUACACUGGCAACAAGGUCACCAUCACCUACAAUUUGAGCCAGGCGAGCGGCGUGAGCAACGAUGGCUCAGCUACGCUUCGGGCGGAGAUCGGCAAUCUCAAGGUCUACAAUAUCAACAUUGUGAACAGCUACGGCAAAGGAUCUCAGGCCGUCGCCGUCAGUGCACAGGGCGACAAGACAGGCUUCUACGGCGUUUCUUUCAAAGGUUUCCAGGAUACUCUCCUUGCGAAUAACGGUGCCCAAGUCUACGCCAAGUGCUAUAUCGAGGGCGCAACAGACUUCAUCUUCGGCCAGAAGGCAGCCGCCUGGUUCGACGGCGUCGACAUUAGAGUUGUCAAUGGCGGCUACUACAUAACAGCAAACGGCAGAGACUCGUCCUCGAACCCCUCCUACUACGUGAUCAACAAAUCCACUGUAGCCGCAGCAUCAGGCCAGUCCGUCACCGCAGGAUCUUACUACCUCGGUCGCCCGUGGCGCAACUACGCCCGCGUGGUCUUCCAGAACACUAGCCUCAGCAAUGUCAUCAAUGCUGCUGGCUGGCACAUCUGGGGCACUGACUCGCCCAACACCGACCAUGUGGUAUUCGGCGAGUACGGCAACACUGGAGCUGGUGCUUCCGGAACAAGGGCGAGCUUCGCGACAAAGCUGUCGAGCGCUGUCAGCAUCUCGACUGUGUUGGGCAGCUCGUACACGUCUUGGGUCGACACCAGCUACCUCUCCUAAGCUGGAUGCUGCCACCCACCCUUCGGCGUGUAGCCGACUCUUUUGCUGUAAAUAUUUUACCAACUCACUGGGCCGCUGCGCGAUACCGU